UGCGGGUCCGAAAAGGUUUCUCGAUAUUCAAUUUCGUCUUCUACGUGAAGACAUGCUACGUCCAUUACGCGAUGGUCUUUACAACUUUGUGGCAGGUUUAAGCGAGAACGAACAGCAAAUGACGAAACUAAUAAAUAAAAGUGGAAGAUUCAAAUGUGACAAAGGGAAGAUUAACGGAGACUUGAAUGUUUAUUCAAAUGUCAGAUUUAAAAAUAUUAAAGUGGACAAAAAUAGGGGAUUUUCGGUUCAAGUGGGAUUCAAACCACCGAAAGCUGGAAAGUCCAAUAAGCAAAGAAAAGUCUAUUGGGAAAGGUCGAAAAAGUUGCUGAAUGGAAGUUUAAUUUGUGUAUUAUGGUCUCCUAAGGAUAAGAGUAUCAGAAAUUCAACGAAUGGUUAUACACUUUAUUUUGGAGUUAUUACUGAUAGACAAGAAAACUCACUAGCAAAUGAAAAUGAAGCGACAAUCGGGGUCCAUUUUAUGGAUACUUCAAUCUAUUCAAUCGUUCUGGAAGAUAUAAACCGUACGCCAGACGCGAGAUCUAAAACUCCCGAUAGAUUUAUGGUAGAAUCUACGAGUGUCUAUUUUGAAUCGUAUGUACACAUAUUGAAGGCUCUCCAAGACCUCAGCCCAGGGGCACUGCCGUUUUCUCAACAUCUUGCACCAGUUACAGAAGAAGAUUUAUCGGCUGACAUCGAGCCGCCAUUAUAUGCACGUGCACCAGGUUUCAGAUUCGAUCUGUCGAUUUUGCUUGGCAAGAAUGAACAUUUUAUGCUAGAUUCGACGGACAAGCUUUCGCGGGACCGAGCCAUAGAAAAAUUAAUUGAAGCAAAUGUACUGGAUAGAAGUCAGGCUAAAGCAUUGGUUUACUCCUUGUGCAGAGAAAUUGCAUUAAUUGAAGGUCCACCUGGCACCGGAAAGACAUAUGUUGGGGUAGAGUUGAUGAAAGUGCUAUUGGAUAGCAAAAAUCGGAAAAGGGCGGCUAUUGGACCAGUGCUGACUAUUUGCUUGACCAAUCAUGCUCUGGAUCAGUUCCUUGAGCAUCUUUUGCAUGCCGGCAUAAAAAAGAUUGUUCGUUUAGGAAGCCGAUCAAAGUCAGAAGAAAUCCAACCGUUUGCUCUGGCAGAGCAAUGUCGCAAUCAAAACAAGACGGCUGAACAGCGCCGCAUGUUACAUAAGGCAUAUAAGAAAUUAGACCGGUUGUCCGCCGAAGCAAAAGAGUUGACGGGCAAAUUGUCCCGAAAGACAAUAAACUGGAAUGCAACAGCAUUAUUUCUUUUAACAAAUUAUCCUUCGAUUUAUGAGCAACUGUGUGAGGACCAUGCGGAUGCGGAUACGGAUAAUGAGGAGGACGAGUUCGACGAUGAAUGGGAGACUGUCAAUGGUGGCCAUGAGGAUCGAUUUUCUCAAUGGAUUUAUGGUUCCGAUCUCAAGAAAAUUAUGAAUGACUUACGGAACAGGGAAAAAGGAAAACAGAAACAAAGGGAGCCGCAACUUUUACCAACCCACAAUCAAUAUGACUACUUGCAGGAUACGGAAGAAAUGCAAGAUCAAGAAACGAAAUUAAUUUAUGAAGAAGAUGCAAAUCAGGAAAUUCAUGAAGAUCUUAUUCCUGCGGAAAGAAUAAACGACGAUGGUAUUCAAGUUUGGAAACAGCAGGAUUUGGAAAUCCCUAAAACGGAUAGAGACUUGGAGAUUUUGCUUCAAGAGCAGAAUGUAUGGAAAAUGAGUAUGAAUGAGAGAAUAAAAUUACAUAAUCAUUGGAGGGAACUUAUUCAUAAGGACAUUAUACAGCGGUUGGCGGAUUUAGAAAAAAAGCACAGUAAAAAAAGAAAGGAAAUUGAUGAUAUUCAUGAUGGAGUUCGUAAAAUAAUACUGUCAUCAGCUCAUGUUAUUGGUAUGACAACCAAUGGGGCAGCAAAAUUUCAAUCAUUAAUACGUUCAGUAGGUCCACGUAUUAUUGUAUGCGAAGAAGCAGGCGAAGUUUUAGAGGCUCACAUUCUUGCGCCUUUGAAAGAAACGCAACACCUCAUUCUCAUCGGAGACCACUUGCAGCUAAGACCACACGUUACAACAUAUGAACUCAGUUUAGAAUCUAAUGUCGGUAAAAAGUAUGCACUUGAUCGAUCGAUGUUCGAACGUCUGGUCUAUGACAACAAACCAAUGGUCCAACUACUGACACAACGGCGAAUGCGCAGUGAGAUAGCUGAUUUAGUGAGAAAGACUCUGUAUCCUAAUCUUAUAGAUCAUGCAUGUACAGCAGCAUAUCCUCGUGUGCGUGGGACCACACAUAAUUUAUUUUUCUUCGAUCAUAAAAAUCCAGAAGAUGCUGCUGGCAGUAAUCAGUUUGCCGUACAAUCACACUCAAGCUCAUUUGAAGUAAAGAUGGUUGUUGAAAUGGUCAAAUAUUUUGUCAGAAAUGGCUACGAUAAAAGCGGUGAUGUUGCUGUAUUAACACCUUAUUUAGGCCAGAUGAUUCAAAUAAGAGAUGCGUUAAGUAAACAAUUCGUAGUCGUCAUUGAUGAAAGAGAUGGUGAACAAAUAGCUAUGGUGACUGAGGACAACGAAAGUAAAGAGGAUGAAUCAUCAUCCGUGUCAAUAGCCGUGGCGUCAAACAAAUCACUAGCUAAACAA